AUGUCUGCUGAUACAACACUUGAUGAUCUUAUCUCAGUGACACGCAAUGACGAUCUUACCAAUUCUAUAACCGAGUUUAUCAAAAAAAAUGGUGCUGAAGGCUUGAGAACUUUUACUCAAGAGCGACUUGAUCAAUGGAGACAAUGUUCAUUGAAUAUAGCUGUUACAGGAAAUAGUGGUGUCGGUAAAUCUACAUUAAUUAAUACAAUUCGCUCUCUUCGACCAUAUGAUCCUGGUGCAUCCCCUGUCAAUGUUGUUGAAUGUACAUCCGUACCAAAAGCUUAUGCACAUCCAGCAAAUGAAAAUUUGAAAAUUUGGGAUUUACCAGGUGUUGGUACGAAGAAAUGUCCAAAACAAACCUAUGUAGCUGAGAUGAAUUUUCAUCAAUAUGAUUUUUUUCUCAUUGUUAGUCGAGCACGUUUUACUGAAAAUGAUAUGUGGCUUGCAAGAGAAAUCAACAGGAUGAAUAAAGGCUUUUUCUUUAUACGUACACAAAUCGAUAUUGAUAUCGAGAAUAGUCAAGAUGAACAAGCAACAUCAUUCAAUGAAGAAAUUCUUUUGACAAAAAUUAGAAAUGAUUGUUUAACUUAUCUAGAAACACAAUAUAAUCUCUCACCCUCACUUUAUUUAAUUAGUGGUAGAUUAAAUAACAAUCAACGAUGGGACUAUCCUCGAUUAAUGACUGAUUUAUUGACACAUUUUCCACUCUUGAAACGGCAUGCUUUCAUUCUUGCUAUGAGUCCUAUUUGCAAAGAUGUUGUUCGAACUAAGAUAGUUCAUCUAAGAAAACGCAUAUGUCUUGUAGCAAUAGCAUCAGCUGCUGUAGCGAUUAUACCAGCUCCAUUUGUGUCAAUUGGCUUUGAUUUAACAGCCUGUAUACAAGAAACAAAAGUCUAUCGACAGCAAUUAGGUCUUACGGAAGACGCACUACGUCAGUUGAGUGAACGUCAUCACAUACCAUUUGAACGAUUUUCCGAUGCAAUAGAUGAUAGAAUUCCUAUUCAAGCAAUGGCAAGUAUUGCUCAAUUCGUUAUAUCCGUUGCAAGAUCAGUUGCCGAGUCACUCGUAAAACAAGAAGGUGCACGAUAUAUUCCAAUUGUUGGAUCAGCUAUUGCAAGUGCAGCAUCGUUUGGUAGUACUCUAUAUAUAUUAAAUAGUAUCUUGAAUGAUAUGGAACAGGCAGCAUUACAAGUACAAGAGAUUAUUGUACAAUCUAGCGCUAACUUCAACUGA